CCCGAGGCAGUGGCAGGCGUGGCGCACGCAAACAUCCCCUGCCGGUGCCGGAUCUCGUCUUCCAAGCUCCACCCACCCUGCGGCACUGCCUUCCCUCCCCUCCCUCGACGGGAAGAAGCGCACGCGAAUCACGAGGCGCCUCAGCACCAGCACCAACCCCCAGGCCCCAGCGCGGCCAUCCACCGCCGCCAGGGUCAGCCACGGCGAGGCGAGCUCACCCCCUCGACGAGCCCCCGCGGUCUGGGUGCCCAUGGAGAGGAGUAAUAAUGGCGGGAAGCCGCCGCCGCAGCAGCCGGCGGAGAGCAAGGCGGCGUGGAGGGACGGCGCCGUCACCUACUUCCACCUCCUCUUCUACAUCGCCAUCUCCGGCGGCCAGAUCUUCUUCAACAAGUGGGUCUUAUCCUCAAAAGAGAUCAACUUCCCCUAUCCGGUGGCACUAACUCUGCUUCAUAUGGUCUUCUCAUCUGUUGUGUGCUUUGCAAUUACGAAAGUUUUUAAGAUCAUAAAGAUUGAGGAGGGAAUGACUACAGAUAUAUAUAUCAGUUCAGUUAUUCCAAUUGGAGCAAUGUUUGCAAUGACACUUUGGCUAGGGAACAGUGCGUACCUCUACAUAUCUGUUGCAUUUGCACAGAUGUUGAAGGCAAUAAUGCCUGUAGCUGUGUUUCUCCUUGGAGCAGCAUUUGGCCUAGAAGAAAUGAGCUAUAAAAUGCUUGCUAUCAUGUCUGUCAUUAGCGUCGGAGUUAUUGUGGCUUCUGUUGGUGAAAUUACAAUUAGUUGGGUUGGAGUGGUUUACCAGAUGGGUGGAGUUGUUGCAGAAGCCCUAAGACUUAUCUUCAUUGAGAUAUUUCUCAAGAAAAAGGGCGUCAAGCUGAACUUGAUAUCCAUGAUGUACUAUGUUAGCCCUUGCAGCGCUCUGUGCCUCUUUAUUCCCUGGUUGUUCUUAGAGAAGCCAAAGAUGGAUGAUAGUAUUUCGUGGAACUUCCCACCAUUUACAUUGUUCUUAAACUGCCUGUGCACUUUUGUACUCAAUAUGUCGGUUUUCCUUGUCAUAUCUCGGACAAGUGCACUGACAGCUCGUGUUACUGGAGUUGUGAGGGAUUGGUCUGUAGUUCUGCUGUCAGCUGCCAUCUUUGCUGAUACACAGCUUACCUUCAUAAACAUAAUUGGUUAUGCCAUAGCCAUAGCAGGAGUUGUUGCAUAUAACAAUCACAAGCUCAAGGUGAAACCUCAAGCAAACCCACAGCAGGGUGAUGAGAACAAGUUCAGCCCAGGAAACCCUCGAGAUGUUGAGAUAUCAAUGAACUCUACAAAAGAAGCUUCCUAGCACCAAAAGUAGCGAGAUUUUGAAACAAUUUUCUUUUUCAGAAAGGAGAAUUGCAGUCUCGCUUUUGUUGGGUUGGCCAGCUCUCCUUGGAACUAUACAUUCAUUUUUCUUCCCACCAUCUUCAGGGAAGACAUUUUGUACAAUGAUCAAGAUAAUACACCUCCAUCGCAUUUGUACUAUUGUUGCUCAAAACGGUGGGAGGGCGCCAUACAGAUGAAAAUUAGGCCAUGUAAAUGCUGUCAUGUUUUCUUUUGAACUGUUGUAGCAAACACAUCAGGUGCUCCUAAAGAGGCAGACCUGAAUCCCUGUUUGUACUUGGUUGACUGGGGAAUCAUGGGAAUGGGACCUAAGAUGUACCUAUAUAUGAAAUGAGGCAUGUUUGCGAGGACAAUGUAAUUUUGGCAGAUCAAAGAAUGCGAGAUAUGUAA